GUUGUUGUUCUUUCGAGGAAUUGCGUUUAUUAACAUAAAGGUUACAUAGUUAAACAUAAUCUGGAGAUUGUGAAUUGCUAUUUAUUUUAAAAGAUAGGUUAUCCGUCUUCAGUUAAAUUAUUACAGAUAAUUUGAAAGAGUACAACGUCCAGACUCCUCCCGCGGCCUCUGCGCUGAGCUUCUGCCUGGCCUCCUGCAGCCCCUCCCUGUUGAGAGAAGUCUCGUGAACGCGGAACAGAGAUACACAAGUGCGACCGAAGAGAUUCUCAGCCCUACCAGACUCUCAAAUACACGUCCAAGAGCCAUCCGGGAGGUGACCACCGUCAUGAAAAGAUGCGAGACUCGUCAGAUGUCACUCCUCCCUGCAAAAUGCUCAGGAGGUCUGACAGCCCCGAAAACAAACACAUCGACAGUACAGGGCACAGCAGAGCAAAGGCUGUCCACACACACCGUGCCAGAGACAGGGACGGAGGGACCAGUUAUUCUCCACAAGAAAAUUUUAACAACCACAGUUCCCUUCACAGCUCCAACUCGCAUUCUAACUCUAGCAAGGUCUCAGACACACCUUAUGAACCUGGGGAUGACUGGUCAGAGCACAUCAGCUCAUCUGGAAAGAAAUACUAUUACAACUGCAGGACAGAGGUGUCUCAGUGGGAGAAGCCCAAAGAGUGGCUGGAAAGAGAACAGAGGCAAAAAGAGGCGACAAAAACUGCAGUUGUCAACAGUUUUCCCAAAGACAGGGACUACAGAAGGGAGGCUAUGCAAGCAUCAACAACCCCUUGCUUUACUGGCUCUAAGUCGACCCAGGUGGAGAAGCCCACCAUGACCCUUGCCACCCAGUCCCAGUCAUCUUCAGGCUCAGGGAGCUUGAACCCAUCAUCAGCACCCUCAGGAUCGUCAGCCUCCACAGUGCCUGUGUCUCCAGUCCCACAGUCCCCUGCCCCUCCAGUACUCCAGGACCCAGCCUUGCUUCGCCAGCUUCUCCCAGCACUUCAGACUGCCCUGCAGCUAAACAAUGCUACUAUGGACAUGGCAAAAAUCAAUGAAGUUCUCACAGCUGCUGUCACACAAGCUUCGUUACAGUCAAUGCUCCAUAAGAUUCUCACUGCUGGACCAUCAGCUUUCAAUAUCACUACUAUCCUCUCUCAAGCUGCUCAACUCUCCAACCAAGCAGCUCAGCAGUCGAACCAGUCACCAAUGUCAUUAACAUCAGACGCCUCAUCACCCAGGUCCUAUGUUUCUCCAAGGAUCAGUACACCACAAAUCAAUGCCGGUCCUCUAAAGCCCAUCCUCAGCACACAGCCUGUCAUCUCCCAGCCAAAAGUGAGCGCACCGGCAGUGAAGCACGCAUCUCAUCCCCAGCCCACAUCCCAGCAGCCCGCUUCCAGCGAUAAGCAGCACAGUCACGAUGCCACCACAGCCUCCCCACGCACACUGCAGCGCCAAGGCAGUCAGAGGAGUCCUUCCCCGGGUCCUAACCAUGGCACCUCCAGCAGCAGCACAAACACCUCCACCUCUGCUUCCACUGCACCCACCACCUCAGCAAGCCGGCCCUCCUGCUCCUUCACUCCUACCCUUGCUGCCCACUUCAAUGAGAAUCUUAUCAGACAUGUACAGUGUUGGCCUGCUGAAGACGCAGCGAAACAGGCGUCAAGACUACGUGAAGAGGCUCACACUAUGGGCAGCAUUUGCAUGUCUGAGAACUGCACCGAACUCAAAAACCUCCGCUCUUUGGUCCGAGUCUGUGAAAUACAAGCAACAUUGCGUGAGCAGAGGAUACUGUUUUUGAGACAGCAAAUCAAAGAACUUGAAAAGUUGAAGAAUCAGAAUUCUUUCAUGGUCUGAGAACUCAUGGUGUGGAGUUGAAUCGUGAGCGUUAGGGAAAAUGGGAGAUGACCAGUUGCACAUAGUUGGAAGCUGGAGGGAGAGCAGUUGUUCAGUUCCUCUCGAGACUGGUCUGAGCACACACAGGAGCUGCAGUCACUUUGGCUUUGGACUGUUGGGCUGGGAGAACCAAGAAGGAAAAAUGAAGAGAUGUUGUGGGAGGAUGGGGAGGGUGGGCAGAUUUACAAGUUUUGUAAAAACCCACAGUGGAAAAAUGUAGAUUUCUUGUAGAUGUUAUCUUUGUUGUAAAUAUGUUUUGUAGAUUGAAGCCAUGGAAAGCCAUGCCUAUCAAAGCUUUUGACAUCCAAACUAAUCAAUGCCUGGGCGACUACAUUCAUUAGCUAGCCUCCCCUUCAUGUUAACCCAUCUACAGACUUAAAGCUUCAUCUUGUUAAUUCAUAGAUCAUUGAACCAGUGAGCAUGUGUGAACUGCAUGAAGAUGGAGGAAGGAUGUUUGAAGUCAUUUAUUUUCACAAACUUAGCUUGAUGCAUAACACAUUGGUGUCAUUGUAGUUCUUUUCCACAGAUCUAGGUAAACUCUUUUUAUGCCAACAUCUAUUCAGGCAUGGUGAACUCUCUGCAACUCUGGCAUAACUGCUCACAAUGGUUCAGUGAUCUGUUAGCAGCUUCUGGUGGCCCUGCAUUUCCCAGUCUGGGGGGAAAAAACAGUGCCUGUUGGAGUAAGUGAUUUAAACAAAAAAAAAAAAAAAAAAAAAAAUAGAGAUGUGAUGGCGUGCUGCUUUGGAUCAUUCCCACUACCUUCCCCUGGCCUCAGCCCUGUCCUACUCUCCUGAGACACCAACACCUCACAUCCUUCUUCUCAUUUUUCCCCCCUCCCUUUUCCCUUGGUAUUCCUGCAGUUUUUGUUCCUCUCAGCUUUAAGCUGAGCCGGUACCGCUGGUUCAUUCCUUUGUACCGUUACUAACAUAACAGUGGAGUUUUAAGAAGAAGAUGCAAAGGAAAAAGGUUCUAUUUUUAGUUGUAGAAAAUUGCAAUGAUGUCCAUGCAUGUUCAUUUGCACCCAUUUUAGGAGAGGAUUUCAGGUGGUUGGGGCGGAUGUGAUAUGGAUCACCCCUUCAUUCAGCACAGGGCAAUGAGAGGUCACAAGGUCAAAUGUGAAAUUUAUGUAUUGUAAUAAAUGUGUUAAAAUGAGCACCGAGUAUUUUAUUGGAGUAGUAGGUCUGGUUCAUACACUAGUGCCUUGUUGAAAGUCUUAAGCCUCACUCACCUAAAAACCCCACAUUUUCUUUGAUCCUGUUUGACCAAUAAUAAAAAGAUAUUCAAUAAGCAUGUCAUGCAGAAGGUUGAUUCCUCCUCCCCCCCCGCUGUUGAAGGGCAGGGUCCUAAGCUGCAAUGGUUUUUUUUCCACCAUGCUAUCCUGAGUCUGUAACUGAACCCCGCACCACACAUUCAGUAAAAAGGUGACCACGUUGUUGCUUUGUAUAUUGUUUCCUGAAGUAUAUAGGCAAAUGAAAUAAAAUAUGCCUCCAGGG